CUCCGAGGGCUGAUUCCUCGCUCCGGGGCGGGGCUCGCGAUAGCGAGCGGGAGCAGGGCGCGGGGCGGGACCCGGGUCCGAGGCGAGGAAGCCGGAAGCCAGGCGCGGGGAGCCUCCCCUUUCGACUGCAGCCUCGCUCGGCACCUGCGCGCCUGGGAUCCCGGAGCCUGCCUAGGUUCUGUGCGCUCCCGCCUAGGCCGGUGCCCGCCGCCCGCCUGCGCCUGCGCCGCAGGCGGGUCCCAGGCCUCUGGCUGCUCCCGGCCGAAAGUGGGGACGGGUAGUGGCAGGCACCACUAGCGAGGGCGUUUGGGGACCCAGGGUGACCACGGCGCAGCCAUGGGGACAGCGCUUGUGUAUCAUGAGGACAUGACGGCCACCCGGCUGCUCUGGGACGACCCCGAGUGCGAGAUUGAGCGUCCUGAGCGCCUGACCGCAGCCCUGGACCGCCUGCGGCAGCGCGGCCUGGAACAGAGGUGUCUGCGGUUGUCAGCCCGCGAGGCUUCGGAAGAGGAGCUGGGCCUGGUGCACAGGCUUGAGGAAGUGACAGGGUGGCCACUCCCACCACGAAUCCCGGCUCCUGCUGGUGACCCCGCCUCUCCUGCCUGCCCAUCUGCAUGCAGCCCAGAGUAUGUAUCCCUGGUCAGGGAGACCCAGGUCCUAGGCAAGGAGGAGCUGCAGGCGCUGUCCGGACAGUUCGACGCCAUCUACUUCCACCCGAGUACCUUUCACUGUGCGCGGCUGGCCGCGGGGGCUGGACUGCAGCUGGUGGACGCUGUGCUCACGGGAGCUGUGCAAAAUGGGCUUGCCCUGGUCAGGCCUCCUGGGCACCACAGCCAGAGGGCGGCUGCUAAUGGGUUCUGCGUGUUCAACAACGUGGCCAUAGCAGCUGCACAUGCCAAGCAGAAAUACGGGCUACACAGGAUCCUCGUCGUGGACUGGGAUGUACACCAUGGCCAGGGGAUCCAGUAUCUCUUUGAGGAUGACCCCAGCGUCCUUUACUUCUCCUGGCACCGCUAUGAGCAUGGGCGCUUCUGGCCUUUCCUGCGAGAGUCAGAUGCAGACGCAGUGGGGCGGGGACAGGGCCUCGGCUUCACUGUCAACCUGCCCUGGAACCAGGUCGGGAUGGGAAACGCUGACUACGUGGCUGCCUUCCUGCACCUGCUGCUCCCACUGGCCUUUGAGUUUGACCCUGAGCUGGUGCUGGUCUCGGCAGGAUUUGACUCAGCCAUCGGGGACCCUGAGGGGCAAAUGCAGGCCACGCCAGAGUGCUUCGCCCACCUCACACAGCUGCUACAGGUGCUGGCCGGCGGCCGGGUCUGCGCCGUGCUGGAGGGCGGCUACCACCUGGAGUCACUGGCGGAGUCAGUGUGCAUGACAGUACAGACGCUGCUGGGUGACCCGGCUCCACCCCUGUCAGGGCCAAUGGUGCCGUGUCAGAGUGCCCUGGAGUCCAUCCAGAGUGCCCGUGCUGCCCAGGCCCCGCACUGGAAGAGCCUCCAGCUGCAAGAUGUGACCCCUGUGCCGCUGAGCCCCAGCACCCACUCCCCAGAGGGGAGGCCUCCACCUCUGCUGCCUGGGGGUCCAGUGUGUAAGGCAGCUGCAUCUGCACCGAGCUCCCUCCUGGACCAGCCGUGCCUCUGCCCUGCACCCUCUGUCCGCACCGCUGUUGCCCUGACAGCGCCAGAUAUCACAUUGGUCCUGCCCCCUGACGUCAUCCAACAGGAAGGGUCAGCCCUGAGGGAGGAGACAGAAGCCUGGGCCAGGCCACACGAGUCCCUGGCCCGGGAGGAGGCCCUCACUGCACUUGGGAAGCUCCUGCACCUCUUAGAUGGGAUGCUGGAUGGGCAGGUGAACAGUGGUAUAGCAGCCACUCCAGCCUCUGCUGCAGCAGCCACCCUGGAUGUGGCUGUUCGGAGAGCCCUGUCCCAUGGAGCCCAGAGGCUGCUGUGCGUGGCCCUGGGACAGCUGGACCGGCCUCCAGACCUCGCCCAUGACGGGAGGAGUCUGUGGCUGAACAUCAGGGGCAAAGAGGCGGCUGCCCUAUCCAUGUUCCAUGUCUCCACGCCACUGCCAGUGAUGACCAGUGGUUUCCUGAGCUGCAUCUUGGGCUUGAUGCUGCCCCUGGCCUACGGCUUCCAGCCUGACCUGGUGCUGGUGGCGCUGGGGCCUGGCCAUGGUCUGCAGGGCCCCCAGGCUGCACUCCUGGCUGCAGUGCUUCGGGGGCUGGCAGGGGGCCGAGUCCUGGCCCUCCUGGAGGAGGACUCCACACCCCAGCUAGCAGGGAUCCUGGCCCGGGUGCUGAAUGGAGAGGCACCUCCUAGCCUAGGCCCUUCCUCUGUGGCCUCCCCAGAGGACGUCCAGGCUCUGAUGUACCUGAGAGGGCAGCUGGAGCCUCAGUGGAAGAUGUUGCAGUGCCAUCCUCACCUGGUGGCUUGAAAUCGGCCAAGGUGGGAGCAUUUACACCGCAGAAAUGACACCGCACGCCAGCACCCCGCGGCCGCGAUCCGGACCCCAAGCCCACGGCUCCCGCGACUCCGGGGCACGGAACCAAGCCCACUCCCAAUCCCCGCGCCCAGCCCCUCCCCCCGUCCCCCCACUCGCCCCGCCCCCUCCCACCUGUGCUUCCCCCGCUCCACCUCUCACCUCGCCUCGCCCUCGCCCCACCCAUCGCGCCCCGGCCCGUCCGAUCGAGGCCCAUGCAACCCACCCUCGGUCCCAUCCUGGCCCCUGCGCCCCUCUGCGCUUCGCUCCCCGCCCUUGCGCCGUUAGUAAACAUCGGUCAAACGAAA